UUCAUUCGUGCAUGGCUGAAAGUAUUGUCAUGGAAAUACCAAAACCCUUCCUCCUCCUCCUCCUUCUUCUGCCUGUCCUUUAUUUCAUCCUCAAGAAUCUCAAACAUUCAAAAUCUCCUCCACUUCCGCCUGGUCCAUAUCCAUGGCCGAUCCUCGGAAACCUUCUACAAGUUUUGAACAAUCCUCUUGAAACCCUAACAAAACUUGGCCAAACAUAUGGACCUGUUUUCACGAUAAAGCUUGGCUGCCAAAGGGUAGUUGGGGUAUCAUCACCAGCUGCUGCCAUACAAAUUCUCAAGACCGAAGACCGCCUUUUAGCCGGUCGAACUGUGCCUCAUGUAUUACCAGCCCAAAAUCCGGAGCUGAACAGCCAAUACAUUGGAUGGGCUGCAGAGUAUGCCGAGAGUUGGAAAGACCUACGUACGGUAUGCAGAACUCAUAUUUUCUCAAGCAAAGCAAUCGAGUCUCAAGCGCGUUUACGCGAAGAAAAGGCGAUGAAAAUGGUGACGUAUAUCGCUUCAAUGGAAGGAAAGCCGGUGAAGAUUGUUAGCGUGACAUUUGCCGCGGUGUUUGACAUGUUGAGUCAAAUAUUUUUGUCAGUGGAUCUUAUAAAUUUUGAGCAAGAGGUUGUGGACGGUUGGCUGAAUAGACUAUUUAGGGAUCUUGUGGAAAUGGCUGUUAUGCCAAAUAUAUCUGAUUUUUAUCCCAUAUUAAGUCGGUUUGACAUACAAGGACUAAGAAAAAAGAUCGUGAAAAUACAUGAAAAGAUUUGCUCUAAGUGGGAGGGUAUAAUCGAAGAAAGAAGAGAGAAGAAAAGAGGUGAUCAUGCUGACUACAAUUCAGAGCAGCAGGAUCUUCUAGAUGCUCUUAUCAGCAAUGGAUCGUUUUCCAAUGCUCAAAUCAUUGUUUUGCUCAGGGAGCUCUUACUUGCGGGAUCAGACUCGAGCGCUGCGACAAUAGAGUGGAUAAUGGUGGAACUAAUAAGGAGUCCAAGAUGUAUGAAGAUUGUUCAAGAGGAACUCGCUAGAGAAAUUAGUCAAGGUAUGGUUACAGAAUCUGAUCUGCCAAAAUUCCCAUAUCUUCAGGCAUGUUUUAAAGAGACCCUGCGGUUACACCCUCCCGCGCCACUCCUUAUUCCUCGGCGAGCUCUCGAGUCAUGCCAAGUAAUGAACUACACCAUUCCAAAGGACUCCAAAGUCCAAGUGAAUGUGUGGGCAAUUGGAAGAGACCCCGAGUACUGGAAAGAUCCAUUAGUCUUUAAACCAGAGAGAUUUCUCGAUUCGAGUUUAGAAUUCAAAGGGAAUGACUUUGAAUACUUGCCCUUUGGAAGUGGAAGACGCAUGUGCCCUGGCAUGCCUAUGGCUUCAAAACAAGUUCCAUUGGUUCUUGCUUCUCUGCUUCAUUUCUUUGAUUGGUCUCUUCCAUAUGAGCAGAAUCCGGAGAAUUUGAGCAUGAGAGCAAAAUACGGCCUAACACUGGUGAAGGAAGAACCGUUGAUUCUCAUCCCUAAAAUUAAGAGUAUCCUUCCUCAUGCGAAUGAACAAUAA